ACCAAUUGUUAGCGACCUUUUUUUUUGGUAUUACGCUAAAUUGUGCAGUUUAUAUAUGUUAUGUCAGUUUAUUAAAAUAUUUCGCAGUGUAGCGAUGGGAUGUGAUUCAUAUUUACUGAAAUAAUUCGCCUCGUACAUCAAUUAAAAUGGCUUCAUUAAGUUUAGAUAAAGUCAGUAUUGUUUAUUGGCAUCCAGAUUUGGAACGGCACAGAUGUGGUUACUGUAAUAAUCAGAACUGUAGUGUACUGUAUGGAAUGUGGGCCGAGCAACUUACAGUCGAAGACUAUCAAAAUUUAAUUGAUAGGGGUUGGAGGCGGUCUGGGAAAUAUUGUUAUAAACCAGUUAUGCAUGAAACAUGUUGUCCUCAGUAUACUAUUAGAUGCGAAGCUUUAAAAUUUCACCCGUCAAAGUCUCAAAAGAAAGUCAUAAAACGAUUCAAUAAGUUUAUAACGGAUGAUAGUAAGCAAGAAAAAGGAGAUAACAUUUCUGAUAAUAGUUCAAAUACUGAGAACAGUGGCGAAAACAGUUCGAUAGGAUUUAUAAGCAGGCAACAGCCGACAAAUGAACUUGAUUUUUCAAAGUUUAAGGAUAACACAGUACAAUCGGCCGAUGAUUGCAACAUAGACGAGUCGUCAGAUAAUAGGUUAGACAAAGCCAAAGUACAUAUUAAUGAAACAAAGUGUGAUAGUGAGGUUGCAGAAGAACACAAGGAAGUCGAUAGUAACAUCGCAAAUACGACUGCGACGACGACAGAAGUAGUUAAGAAAGGGGUGGGAGCAGAUCCUAGCAGACCACCGUGCAAAAAAGCAAAACUGCUGAGAAUAGAAAGGAAACAACAAAAAUUGAUUCAAAAGGGGCUAAAGAUUGGGCAAAAAGAGACGGCAAAGAACGAACAAAAAAAAUUAGAAGAUUUCAUAGAUCAAAUUCCAGAAAACGCAAAACAUAAAUUAAAAAUUGUAUUAGUUUCAACAAGUAGUCCAGGCGAAGAUUGGAAUGAAAGUGUUAAUUUAGAGUUUCAAAUUUACAAAAAAUAUCAAAUGGCCGUUCACAACGACCCUCCUGAAAAGUGUAAGAUGGAGGUGUUCUUACGCUUUUUAGUCAAUACUCCGUUGAAGACUGUUAGGAGUCGAGGAGAAAAUGGAACAGUGAUGCUUGGGUCAUUCCAUCAGCAAUAUUGGAUAGAUGAUAAACUAAUUGCAGUAGGUGUUAUCGAUAUUUUGCCAAAAUGUGUUAGUUCAGUCUACUUCUUUUAUGAUCCAGAGUACAGGUUUCUGACGUUAGGCACCUAUGGCUCAUUGAGGGAAAUAUAUUUCGUAAGAUCCCUUCACCAAAUAUUGCCGUCUAUUGAAUAUUAUUACAUGGGUUAUUACAUCCAUUCUUGCCCAAAAAUGAGAUAUAAAGGGCGACUUGGUAACUCGUUGCUGUUAUGCCCUGAAACGUACAAAUGGUUCCCGAUCGAAAACUGCAUCCCCAAACUUGACGCAAAUAAAUAUUCCCGUCUGAAUGACGAUAUCGACGCAAUCGACGAAGAAAUGUGUUCGUCAUCCGAUAUCGAUCGAAUAAAGAUUCUCAUCGGUUAUACUUUCACCAUAUUCGGACGAUACAAACGAACAUUUGGGGAAGUUGAUGUUUACGAAAACAUUGGGAGAUUGGUAGGCAAAAAAUGCGCUGACAAACUCUUAUUUGUCAGUUCAAAAGAAAGAUAAUUAGUUAAUAAUGAAAUAUUGUUGUUUUUGUUACCUACCCAUAAAAUUUUGCACCCACAGCUGUAUGUCGUUGUGAUGUUAUGAAGCUAACAAGUUUGUGCUUUAAUAAUUAACUUCUUUUUCGAAAUGUAUUAAUUAAAUUAGUUAAUAGCUACCUACAUUUCUUUAGAAUAAGUGUGUAUUUUUGUUUGAUAACAUUAAUCAGUAUCCAUUGUACCGUCUUUUGUGAUAUUAUGUUAAAUUACUUACUAAAUAAACAAGAAAUUAUUAAUGUCA